AUGUCCUCUCCUGCGAGCAGCUCCAAUUCGGACGGCACACCCGUCGACGGCCAAGGCCCUCUCGGCAGAGGCAUCCGCGUCGACAGUCAGGGAUUGAUCAUGCAGCCCCACAUGAUGGCCUCGGGCAGCGGCCCCGCUCCCGGCGGUGCUGGUCCGGUCGGCACGACUCUCGGUCUCGACACGGCCAGCGGGAACCCGGGCACCACUGCCGCCCCCUAUCCUGGGCCUCUGCAAAGUGGCGCCAGUUGCGGAGUCACUUCCGGGGAGGCUGUUACCAUCGACGUUGGCGAAGCGGUACCAGAGAACGCUGAAGUCCCGGAACAGUCUGGUCUGUACCCCGGCUCCGAGCUUAUACUCCCACCUGAAGUCGUGAGCUUCAUCCGCGAGAAGCUUAUGCCUACCGCCCAGUAUCUACUCUCGGCCAAGAUCUUCGCCAAGAUCCGUAAAGGCGAACCGGUGCGCGAGGACGAAUGCGGUUUCUCCCCAGUGAGCGCCAAGAUGAAAAGGCGCAUGAAAUACAACGCCGAGACCGGUGAGAUUGAGGUUGUGGAAUACGUCCCAGCCUGGGACUCCCAGGCCUACCUCGCUCGUCAUUCGGAGCCGCGGAUUUGCUGCUGA